AUGUUGAGGCGUAACCUCGGCUUCUGCCUCUGGAUUCGGAAUUCGGACAAAUCUCGCGAUUCCCACCCGUUCCCAGCUCGUGAUUCCCACCCAUUCCCAGCUCGUGAUUCCCACCCAUUCCCAGCUCGUGAUUCCCACCCAUUCCCAGCUCGUGAUUCCCACCCGUUCCCAGCUCGUGAUUCCCACCCAUUCCCAGCUCGUGAUUCCCACCCGUUCCCAGCUCGUGAUUCCCACCCAUUCCCAGCUCGUGAUUCCCACCCAUUCCCAGCUCGUGAUUCCCACCCAUUCCCAGCUCGUGAUUCCCACCCGUUCCCAGCUCGUGAUUCCCACCCGUUCCCAGCUCGCGAUUCCCACCCAUUCCCAGCUCGUGAUUCCCACCCAUUCCCAGCUCGUGAUUCCCACCCGUUCCCAGCUUGUGAUUCCCACCCAUUCCCAGCUCGCGAUUCCCACCCAUUCCCUGCUCGUGAUUCCCACCCAUUCCCAGCUCGUGAUUCCCACCCAUUCCCUGCUCGUGAUUCCCACCCGUUCCCAGCUCGUGAUUCCCACCCGUUCCCAGCUCGUGAUUCCCACCCAUUCCAGCUCGUGAUUCCCACCCGUUCCCAGCUCGUGAUUCCCUCACAUUCCCAGAUCGUGAUUCCCACCCCAUUCCCAGCUCGUGAUUCUCACCCAUUCCCAGCUCCUCGUGAUUCCCACCCAUUCCCUGCUCGUGAUUCCCACCCAUUCCCAGCUCGUGAUUCCCACCCGUUCCCAGCUCGUGAUUCCCACCCGUUCCCAGCUCGUGAUUCCCACCCAUUCCCAGCUCGUGAUUCCCACCCAUUCCCAGCUCGCGAUUCCCACCCAUUCCCAGCUCGUGAUUCCCACCCAUUCCCAGCUCGUGAUUCCCACCCAUUCCCAGCUCGUGAUUCCCACCCAUUCCCAGCUCGUGAUUCCCACCCGUUCCCAGCUCGUGAUUCCCACCCGUUCCCAGCUCGUGAUUCCCACCCGUUCCCAGCUCGUGAUUCCCACCCAUUCCCUGCUCGUGAUUCCCACCCCUUCUCAGCUCGUGAUUCCCACCCAUUCCCAGCUCGUGAUUCCCACCCAUUCCCAGCUCGUGAUUCCCACCCGUUCCCAGCUCGUGAUUCCCACCCGUUCCCAGCUCGUGAUUCCCACCCAUUCCCUGCUCGUGAUUCCCACCCAUUCCCUGCUCGUGAUUCUCACCCAUUCCCAGUUGGAGUUUAA